AUGCGCACCCGCAAAGAAAAACCCAUCUUCCGCAACCUGACCAUCACCGUAGCCGGCAGCCUCAUCGACCCCAACGGCGACGGCAGCACCCAAUGGACCGACAUCAACAUCGACCGCUGGGUGACGCUCCGCGGCGGCCGUUUUACCCGAGCCAUGACCGACGACGUGACACAUGUUGUGUGUACCGCCGAGGAGUUUGAGAGGAGGGGGUUGGUUGUCAAAGAAGCGCUCAAACGCCCCAAGACAUGCCAAAUUGUCACGCUGGAUUGGCUGGAGGAUUCAAUGCAUAAGCGGAAGCGCCUAGAUGAGGAACCGUAUUCGCAUCUGAGGGCGCUGCGGCGGGCGAGGGAGAGGGAGAGGAAGAGGUUGAUGGUGGUGAAGGGGUUGGAGAAGGCUGUUAAGCAGGUUAAUCCUAACCUGUAUCAUCUGUAUCGCGACCAUACGUUUUUCCAGUAUGAGGUGGUGAUUACCCGGGAUGAUGAGGAGGCGGGGAUACUGGGGGAGAGGUACAUUCUUUCGCUCUUCGAAUCCAACAACGCCAAACCCCGCCUCUACUGGUUCCUCGCCAAGUACUACAAGAAAAAAGGCGACACCCAAGCCAAGAUCCACCGACCCAGCCAUGCUCCGGGCCUGUUUGCCCGCGAGUUUGCCCUGUUUGAGUCCUUCUUCCGUAUCAAGACGGGGAUUCCCUGGGCGCAGCGUCUGCUGGGGGUAAAGGGUGGGGAGGAGAGGGAGAGGGUGUUCAGGUAUCAGCCGCCGACAGGCGGAAAACCUGUCGGUUGGGCCCCGGCUCAGUAUAUCCCAGCUGAGGAGAUGACUGAUGACUCGGUGGCUCCCCUUCCCGAGGGAUCCAACAAUCACACCGAUCCGCAGGAUGUGAAGAUGGCUGGGACUGAGACUGAGAUUAAGACUGAGACUGAGACUGCCCCCGCCACCGCUAUACAACUCCCUGGUCUAGUCAAAACUGAGCACGACGGGCAUGACAUCAACGAGUCCAACGAGUCCAAUGGAUCCAACACGGAUGUACCCACCACAGAAACCACAAUAACUUCCGGCAUCAGCACCCAACAAGUUUUCCCCUUCAUUGCUCAGGAAUCAACCCCGGCCCAGUAUAUCCCGGUCGAGGAAACGUCUGAAAUCACUGCCUCUCUCCUUACCCUAGGAUCUAACAAUCACAACGACCCCCAGGAUGCGGAGAUGGCUGGUAGUGAGGCUGAGACUGAAACUGCCCGCGCCGCCACGAUGGAACUUUCUAACCUAGUCAGAACUGAGCGUGGCGGGUAUGAUGCCAACGAGUCAGGCGCACACAACACGGAUCAUCAGCACCCAGGAGGAAGUCUCCCUCAUCCCUCAGGAAUCGACCCCGGCCCCGGCUUCAAUUAUGCCUUCGACUUCAACUCUACCUUCGACUUUACCCCCAGCGUCAACCUCGACUCCCUCUUCAGCUCCUCUCUAGUUUCAACUCCAGCAUCGACUCAGGCUCCAGCGCCUGCGCAGCAUCAAACACCCUCGCUCGUCAUGGCCCCCGACGCCUCGCUUUAG